AUGGGCUCCGUUGACUACAUCCCGAACAUGGCGACGGCCAAGCCCGAGUACCAGGUCUUGGAGAAGCCCAGUCGAGGCGGUAGAAAACUCCGAAUCAUCUGCCUGGGUGCCGGCGCCAGUGCGUUAAAUCUUGCGCACGAGGUUGACACGAGCUCCCUGGACCUUGAGCUCGUAUGUUACGAAAAGAACCCCUCCAUCGGUGGCACUUGGUACGAGAACAAGUAUCCCGGGUGUGGUUGCGAUAUCCCUUCUGUCAACUACCAGUUCUCAUGGGCACCGUCCAGUGAAUGGACGUCCUUCUACUCAGGCGCUCCGGAGAUCCUUCAGUAUUUCAAAGAUGUCGCAGAGAAGUACGACUUGAACAAAUACAUUCGGCUGAGUCACAAAGUGGUGGGUGCCUACUGGAACGAGGAAGAGCAGAUGUGGCAUGUCAAGAUCCAGAAAGGUGAUGAUCCCAAUGCCAUCAUCGAAGACAAGGCCAACAUCUUUGUCAAUGCCAGUGGAGUGCUGAACAAGUGGAAGUGGCCUGCGAUCAAAGGCAGGGAAACUUUCAAGGGCUCGAUGGUUCACAGUGCAAACUGGGACGACAGCGUCGAACUCAAGGGGAAGCGUGUCGCAGUCAUCGGUUCUGGGUCGUCAGCCGUGCAAAUUGUUCCCAACAUCCAACCCAUUGUGGGAAACUUGAAGUGCUUCAUUCGCAGUGCAUCAUGGGUAACUGGUGGCUUUGGUCAGCGCUUUGCCGGCAAAGGAGGUGUUAACUUCGAGUACAACGAGACACAACGGGCAAUUCUCCGGACCGACCCGGUGAAAUAUCUCGCCUACAGGAAGAAAAUUGAGUCUGAGCUCAACAGCCGCUUCCGCUUCAUCCUGAACGGGUCGAAGGAGCAGCAGGACGCUAGAGAGUUCGCGGAGAAGGACAUGCGGACCAAGCUUGCGAGUAAGCCUGAAAUUGCAGACCUGAUAGUCCCAAAGGAUUUUGCCGUGGGUUGCCGGAGGCCAACACCAGGCAACGGAUACCUCGAGGCGCUUUGCAAGGACAAUGUCACCGUUGUGUCUUCGAGUAUCGAAGAGAUCACUCCCAAGGGCAUCAGGUCGGCAGAUGGUGUGGAACACGAGUUUGAUGUUAUUGUCUGUGCCACGGGCUUCGAUGUCAGCUGGCGGCCACAUUAUCCCACGAUCGGCCGACAUGGCAUCAGCCUCAGUGAUUACUGGAAAGAUGUCCCUAAUACUUAUCUUUCUAUCACGGUGGCAAACUUCCCCAACUACAUCAUCUUCAACGGGCCUUUCGGCCCAUACGGCCAUGGCAGCUUCCUCCCCAUCACCGAGACGGUGUCCAGAUAUGUCAUGCAAAUGUUGACAAAGAUGUCUGAGGAAGAGAUUUCCUCAUUCUCACCGAAGGAGGAGGCCGUCGCCGACUUUGCCGAGCACCGCCGCAAGUUCCUCCCUCGCACGGCGUGGACGUCACCUUGCCGCUCCUGGUUCAAGCAAGGCACUGUUGAUGGUGAGCCCAUGAUGUGGCCCGGCUCGCGCAUCCACUUCUUCAGAACGGUAGAGAGGCCCCGAUGGGAGGAUUAUGAAUUGAAGUACACCACGCCAAACCGCUUUGGUUAUUUCGGUAACGGCUUCGCCGCCUGUGAGAAUGACGGCACUGAUCUCACGUGGUAUCUCGGACUCCUAGACGGGAGCGAUAGGCAGCCUGCGCUGCCGGACGAGGACUUUGCGGAGUUCUUGUUGAACAUAUAA